GGAAAGCGUACAGUGAAAGCUGUCAUUAAGUAGUUGUAGCGACAGUACGGCAAACCCUCACUGAGUUCGGGCGCUACUGGUACACUCUAGCUGAGACUCCAACCGCCGGUUCAGCAAUUACGCAAGAAGCAGAAAUAUACCUAAACAGAUCAAAGCCCUCAAACUGGUCUGAGAGCAAUACUAGAAAUUCUUUAUGAUAUGGCAGAUGUGAUGCAAGCCAACGAGUCCGCUCAAGAGGACGUGGUCAAUCGAUUCGCUCGCAAAGGUGCGCUGAAGCAGAAGAACGUCCAUGAAGUGAAGAACCACAAAUUUAUCGCAAGAUUUUUCAAACAACCGACUUUCUGCAGCCACUGCACUGACUUCAUCUGGGGAUUUGGCAAGCAAGGAUUUCAGUGCCAAGUUUGCUGUUUCGUGGUUCACAAGCGCUGCCAUGAAUUUGUCACAUUCUGCUGCCCUGGAGCGGACAAGGGUCCGGACACAGAUGACCCGAGGAGCAAGCACAAGUUCAAAAUCCAUACCUAUGGAAGCCCCACGUUCUGUGACCACUGCGGGUCACUUCUCUACGGACUCCUCCACCAAGGGAUGAAGUGUGACACCUGUGACAUGAACGUCCAUAAGGUGUGUGUGAUGAACGUGCCCAGCCUGUGCGGGAUGGACCACACAGAGCGGCGUGGACGCAUCUUCCUGAAGGUGGAGGUCACCGGAGAGAAGCUGCAGGUGACCGUAACCGAGGGAAGGAACUUGAUUCCCAUGGACCCCAACGGCGCGUCCGACCCCUACGUGAAGCUCAAGCUCAUCCCCGACCCCAAGAACGAGACCAAGCAGAAGACCAAGACCAUCCGCGCCAACCUCAACCCCGUCUGGAACGAGUCCUUCACAUUCAAGCUAAAGCCCACUGAUAAGGACCGCAGGCUGUCGGUAGAGAUUUGGGACUGGGACCGCACCACUAGGAACGACUUCAUGGGGUCCCUGUCCUUUGGCGUGUCUGAGCUAAUGAAGGCACCCAUGUCUGGCUGGUACAAGCUGCUGAACCAGGAGGAGGGCGAGUACUACAACGUGCCCAUCUCUGAGGAGGACGACGGCAACGAUGAGCUGCGGCAGAAGUUUGAGGCUGCCAAAGUCAAAGAGGACAGUAAGAGUAAAAAGCAGCGUGCGAGGAUCAAUAUUGGGAAAUUUUUUCCAAGACUCAAAUCAAGGGCUCAUUCGGAGGAGGAGCAAAGCCAGCUUGGACCUGAGAAAGCCAAGCUUGGGCCCAAGAAGGUCAUUACACCCUCGGACGACAGUCAGUCCUGUCUGCCGUCCAACAACCUGGACAUGGUCAAACUCGACGACUUUAACUUCCUGGCCGUUCUGGGCAAAGGCAGUUUUGGAAAGGUGAUGUUGGCGGAGAUGAAGGAGACGGAUAUGUUGUACGCCAUCAAGAUCCUGAAGAAGGACGUGGUGAUCCAGGACGAUGAUGUGGAGUGCACCAUGGUGGAGAAGAGGGUGCUGGCCCAGCAGGACAAACCGCCCUUCCUCACCCAGCUGCACUCCUGCUUCCAGACUGUGGACCGUUUGUAUUUUGUGAUGGAAUAUGUCAACGGUGGGGACCUCAUGUACCAUAUCCAACAAGUGGGCAAGUUCAAGGAGCCCCAGGCUGUCUUCUAUGCAGCAGAGAUCGCUGUUGGGCUGUUUUUCCUGCACAAGAAAGGAGUCAUAUACAGGGACCUGAAGCUGGACAACGUGAUGCUGGACGCAGAGGGCCACAUCAAGAUCGCCGACUUUGGCAUGUGCAAGGAGAACAUGAUGGAGGGUGUGACCACCCGCACCUUCUGUGGCACCCCCGAUUACAUCGCCCCAGAGAUCAUUGCUUAUCAGCCGUAUGGGCGCUCAGUGGACUGGUGGGCCUACGGAGUCCUGCUCUACGAGAUGCUUGCAGGACAGCCCCCCUUUGAUGGUGAGGAUGAGGAUGAGCUCUUCCAGUCCAUUAUGGAGCACAACGUCUCCUACCCCAAGUCCCUGUCCAAAGAGGCCGUGUCCGUCUGCAAAGGGCUGAUGACCAAGCACCCGUCCAAGCGGCUGGGCUGUGGGUCGGAGGGCGAGCGUGACAUCAGAGAGCACGCCUUCUUCCGCCGCAUCGACUGGGACCGCCUAGAGUGCCGCGACAUCCAGCCGCCCUUCAAGCCCAAAGUGUGUGGCAAAGCGGCUGAAAACUUUGACAAGUUCUUCACACGCACACAGCCCCAGCUGACACCCCCAGACGAGCUGGUCAUCGCCAACAUCGACCAGGCCGAAUUCAACGGCUUCAGCUUCAUCAACCCCCAGUUUGUCGCCCCCAGCGCAGGGCCAGUGGUUUAGACCCCCUAUUGCACUCCCCCACCCCCAUGCCUUUAGCCCUUCCCAACCAAUUAACCCUCACAAAACUAGAAGCCAAAACUUUUUUUUUUUUGAAAAUUUUGUGAAAUUUGGGACAUUUUUAUUUUCUAAAGCAACCCCUCUGCUUUUGUUUUUUUUAGGCCAGUUGUAAUAGUAGUACAGUUUUCUUUUCUUUUUUCAAUCAUGAGAGUCCACGGUUCGCGCUGGACGGUCAGUACACGUGCAUCGAUAAUCCAAAUCCUUGGUGUGGCACACACACUCAGCAAUUACAGACGUGCAUAUCACUUAGCGACCUGCAGUUCCAUACCUCCUCGCCUGCCAAAUACCACGGCUGCCAUAUCAUGAUAUGGGAGCUGCUGAAACCCAUGACCGUGCUUCCUGAUGUCUUGUGCUCCUAGGUCUACACACAUUCAGCAGUCCUGCCGUAUUGCACAGGCAGUCACCACGUGGUAAAGGCAAUAGGGACCUGCUGGAACCCUACAGUUCAUUGCUCUCGAAUGUUGACUUUAGUUUGAUCUGAUGUACUUGAUUGGUUUACUGUUAGUUGGUUGUCAUUGUGUUUUUUUUUACCCCCGUGUUUAGGCCUAGGUCCUGUUUUAGCUUUGGCAUCCCAGACCAGGCCUUUCUAACGAUAUGCUAGAGUGGACAGCGUACAUAGACACUAGCAACCAAGGGAGAGGAAAUCAUGGUAUAUGACUUCAGUAAAGUGGAGUAAUGUGAACACCAUUAUGGGACUGUAUGUGUUGCCAUUUGCAGCAGAAACACAUCAGUAUAUUCAGAAACGUGACUUAAUUAUUCAUGCCAUGUAGCUGUAACACAACCGACUGAUUUGGACAGUUGACUCCUCACUAAACUGUUCCCUCACUUGCACACGGCCAGUUUAUGUAUCAGUCAGCCAGUACAGGUCAAAGUUCAUCGUAGCUCUCAUCUUGUAGAAGCAUGUUAAGAUGCCUUGCUGCCACAUCACAUGCAUACACACAUACACCUAAAGGCAUUUAGUAACAAAAUGGGUCGACAGAAACUGCAGGUUGUUUUCAAAUAGAUUACAUUAACCACUUCAAUGAUAAACAAGGACACUGUACACGGUUAAUAUUGUAGACUUUUGUCUUAGCAAAACUUCCUACCUUGGAGUUGGCCAUACAGUGAAGGAGCAUCUAUUAGACAAUUGAAGAUCUUCCAUCUUUAUCUAUGAGACAAAGAAGUGAAGGUUGUUAAAGAAAUGAAGUUAUUCGAAUAAUGAAGUUUUUUGCUACCUAGCGUAUCUUGAAUUUUCGGUACAAAAUGAAACAUCUUGCCAACAGCGCAACCAAGUAUUACAUUAUUUUAUGAAAUUAUGUGGAAAUCUUUUACUUUCUCUCUGUUUCACGUUUUGAUUUUAGAUUUACAUGCAUAGAUCUGCUCUAAUGUGAUGUCUUGCUUUUUUCCAGUAGGAAUAAUUAAUAUCACUGUAAUAUUAACAGUGGAUUAACUAUUUUGUAAAUAUUAAUGAAUUAUUUAAUAGGAAGUAUAACAACAUGCAGUUUUUAUACCAACCAACUGAAUGUGCUUUUAUUACAUUAGAUAGGUGAGGAUAUUUAUAUGUACGAUAACCCAUAAGAAAUCAACUUUCUAACUGGUGGGAAACCAUCUUUAAUAGGUUUUCAGAAUCAGCCAAUGUCUACACGUAUCUAGAUUUGAACGGAUUUAUCAGAAAACUCACGUUUUUUCAUAUUGUUUUGUUUGUGUGGGGGGAGAAAAAGAGUCAUAUCUGCGGACAAUUGGCUGCAGAGUUUGAGCUAGUCUAAACACCUCAGUCUGGCUACGAUUGUGUGUGUGUGUAUGUGUGUGUGUGUGUGAGAGAGUGAGUGUAUGCAUGCGUGUGUGUGUGUGUGUGUGUUUAUGUAAGUCUUUGGCUUUCCCUUGACUGCAUGUGGCGAUCGUUGAAUAACAAUGCACGCGGAAACCACUCUGACUCUGCAUGCCUCUCAGUAUAGUGCCCGGGUGUCAGCGUUUGCAGCAUGGUCUAAGUGUCCCAAAAGAAACAAUAAAGAUUACUACGGGAGGCUCACAUCACCACUUAACUCAAAGGUGAUGGUGACUGGCUCUUCAUCUUAAUAGAUGUUAUUGAUGUGCGUGGUAUGUGUAUGUAUGUCUGUGUGUGUAUAUAUAUAUAUAUAUAUAUAUAUA